AUGAGGGAGGGACCUCCUUGUUUUUCUGACAGUGACAGCCUGUCCCGGCGCCAUGGUGUCCCUGAGUUCAGGAGGAGGGAGCAGAUCUUGGGUGGCAGAAGUCUUUUGUUGGAGUCACUAACUGAACACACACUGCUUCAGGUCAGAGAGGUGUGUUUGGACCAGAGUUACAUGGCUCCCAGCCGAGCCGGCAGAGCUCGGCAGCAUUUCCUCCUCCUCCUAGUUGCUGCUUUGGCACUGUCCUCACUCGCAGAGAGCAAGGACUACUACAGCGACCCUGCCGGAAAGCUGCACGGCAAGUUACCAACCACUGUUGUACAAGAGGCUGUCGGAGCUAGGGUCAAGCACAGUAACCCUAAAAGACAGAAUGGGGUUGAGAGAGAGACGCAGCCACUGGAGAUGUAUAACAUGCUCUCAGAGGGAGGCGACGAAGUUCACGAGUUGACGGCUGGCAAACUUGGCGGGAAGUCUGAGAGGAGCGUAGAAAGGGACGUGUGGAGCGAUCCUGAGGGGUCGUUGAAGGGCCGCUUCUCCGAUGAGGUUAUCCAAGAGGCGGUGCGCGGAGAGCGGAGUCAGGGGGGAAGCUCUCAUAAGAAGGGGAGCCACUAUGGGGACGGCCAGCGGCCGAAAAGUGGUAGAAAUGAAGGGGAGAGUGCAAAGCCGCUCCAAGUGGUUGACCUGCUGUCAGGUGAAGUGUCUGACUUGCCGGCAGGCAAAGCGCAGAAGAUUGUGAAAGGAGAGGCGUCCGAAAAGGGGAGUGCAGCAAUCCCGAUUGUGGGAACUAGAGAGAGGGCCCGGGCGGCUACGCAGGGAACGGAUGUCGGUAAGCUGCACAGCAAUCAUACCCGGGAGGGGCGAGGCGGCAAGAACAGCACGAGGACGCGGGAGCAGUCCCUGAAAUGGGGGCGCAAGGGCCGGCCAACAAUUGCCAGCCUGCUCAAAAAAGACCUCUCGGACGAGUUUGAGAGGGUUGCUGCCAAGCUCAUUUCUGCGUCCCGGAAGAAAGCGCACAAGCUCCCCUUUGCGGCGCAAACCCAGGCCCACUCUCACGGACUGUCGGAGGCGACACAGCACGGGCGGUCCCUCGCCGAGAGGAGGGAGCUGGCUGAGGCCGACAACCAGAAACUUAACCUCAUUGGUAUAGUUACACAAACCGCGGCGGUUAGGGCCGUGAUUAACGCCACUGAGGGGGUCCCGGUGUCCAUCCCCGCAGCAGGAAAUGGGGUUGGCCUGGUUGCGGUGAAGGUUAGCACAACCUCGCUGCAAACCACGGGGCUCAGUCUCCAAGGUGUCACCAUUCCCCCGGGGGUGCAAGUUCCAGGAAACACAUCGACAGUAAUCCUGGUUUUCAGCGAGUUUACGGAAAACCCGUACGGUUUCACUAACCAGACGGUGGUCGCGCCAGUGGUCGGGGUGACGGCGUACGAUGCAGCGGACCCGAACGCUGGGGCGGCAAACAGCACGUUGACUCUGCAAGCGACCCCGGUUGCGCCUUUCCAGUUCGUGUUUAACACGACCCAAGGAGCCGGCCUUUCCUGCUCGAGCUACAACGCGACUGCCGGCCAGCUUUUGAACACAACCACAACGACGAGGGUCGCUACUGGGGGAAGGGCCGUUACCUGCACGGCAACUAGUCUGGGGACAUACACGGUCGUCAGCACACUGGCGGUUGCGCCCGUUCCAGCCCCCGCCCCCGCACCGGGCCCUGCGCCGGUGCCUGCUCCUGGGCCUGCCCCCGCGCCCGCCGUUGUGGCCGCACCCCCUGCGAAUGUGACAACCCCACCUGCGACUGUCAACACCAACAACGGCUCCAACACAAACGGCACCAUCGCAAGCCCCCGAGACAGUGGCGGGAGCACAAUCAGCGGAGGGGCGAUUGCAGGCAUCGUGAUCGGAAGUGUUGCCGGCCUUGCUAUCCUCGCCCUCCUAGCCCUCCUCCUGGCAAGAAGGUCCGAGCAGUCGAAGAUUGCCCGCAUGACGCAACGAUCUAGGAACUCAGAGCCUUUGACGACCGCCUUGAUUGGCGGCCAGCAAGGAUUCAGAGCUCCUGUAGCGUCGCAUGUCAGAACGAGGCCAGGACUUGAAUCCGAAAUUUAUCCAUAGAAAUGUCGUGUGUUCGCGUCGAGUAGGUUGAGUGAUAGUUGCCUAGCUUGCUUGCUUAUUUAGAAAGUCCUUGAGACUGAGCUAGGUAUAGUGUAGUAAGCCAAUGCUAAUUUAUUGUCCAAUUGACGCCCUUGCUACAUUUGGACCUGUUCGUUCGUUUGCAACAAACUUGACUGAAAGCGGUGAAGCAUGGCACUCCAGACUGUCCAGCAUUUUGAGAGAAUUCAGUAUGCUUAGCUAGCUAGUGGCAUGAUCGGCUGAGAAUCUUGAAAGUUGCAC